AUGCACGGAAAGAGAAAGAAAGAUGUGAGACCUCUAACAGAAGAAGAGAGAAAGAAAACAGAAGAACAAGGAGAAAAAAUUAUUGGCUUGAUUAACGAAUUCUUAAGUAUCCGCCAUGGAAAGAAACCUGUCAAUAACCCAGGAGAAUAUUGUGAUUUAGUUGCUACAAUGUGUCCUGAUCUUCCUACAAUUUAUAACUACAAGCGUGAAGUUUUAAUCAAAUAAUUUAAAGAAACUAAAAACCCAAAGGAUUAAUAUAAAGCAUUGAUGAAUGAACUAUAACUUGUAACAGGAUUACUCAAAAAAUCACCUAAAAGUUAUUCGUUAUGGUCAUACAGAUAAUGGCUCGUCCUCUAAUGCAGAGAACUUGAAAGACUCUAUAAUAAGCUAAAAGCAGCAAAAGAAGCUUAAUUAAAAAAACUUUUAGAAGAGCAAUAGCAAGAUGGAUAACAAAUUUAAAAAGAAGAUUUAUUAAAGUAAUAAGAAGCUGAGGAACCUAUUCCCCAAGUCGUUGAACUAGAAUUAAAGCUUUGCAAUAAAAUGUUAGACAUGGAUGAAAGAAAUUUCCAUUGCUGGAAUUACAGAAAUUGGCUUAUAAACGACGUUGAAAAGAAUAGUUUGAAUUACAUAGAACGUGAAAUCACUUAUACUUAAUAGAAAUACGAAAAUAACUUUUCUAACUUUUCAGCACUCCACUUCCGCUCUAAAAAUUUAAUCAAAAAGUAUGAUUAAGAUCUUGAGUCUCUUUACAAAUCUGUUUCUACUUCUCCUGAAGAAGAACAAAAAAAUUUAAAAUCUAGGAUACGUGAGUUGACCUAAUUUAAAAUACCUCUAUAAAACAUCAAAGACGAACUUGAGCUCAUCAAAAAUGCUAUUUUUAUUUAACCUAAUGAAUAAGGUGUUUGGCUUUAUCAUAAAUGGUUAGUAAGUCUGCUAGUACCUUUCCGCUUUAUUUCUGUUAAUCCAGUGAAUAAAGAAAACACUACACUUCAAAUUACUUGCUCUUCAAAGAUCAUCAGUAAUAAUUUAGCAUCAACUAUAUAGCUUUAUGAUCAAACUGGAAGUCCUGUCAACAAUUUCACAAUUGAGGAAGUAAGAAAUUAAGUUGGUCAAGUCUUUAAUAUCAAAGCUGAUAAAUAAAUAUAGAAAGUAGUAGUUUCUUAGCCUUAAAAUAUAUAAAUGUAAGUUAUAGACUACUAAAUUUCAAAAAGAAACUUAAUUUCUUCUGAAUUUGUAUUGCAAGAAUGCAAAUAAAAAUAUAAAUUACAAAAAUUAGAUGACCAGGAUUAUCAAUUUAGCGAAGUAGCCUAUCAAAUUCUUUUAGAAGAAUAAUAAUUUGUUGAUGAAGUUAUAGAAAAUGAAAAAUAAAGCAAAUUUGCACAUUUCCAUAAGCUUUACUUAAUUCAAGUUAAAUAAGGACUUGAUUUGAUUUUUAAAACUGACCAACAUCAUCUAAGCUUAGAAUCUACUUAAAACAUAAUAAAAGUCAUUGAGAGUUUGAACUCUAUUGCUAAAAAGCAAACAAACUACCUAAAAAAUUUAGAGAGUCAAUAUUAAUCUCUUUUAUCACUUUAACAAACUCUUGAAAAGCAGAGCAGUGGCUAAUAAAUAGAAAAAAUAUCUCUUCCAUCUUCCCCUACUUACGAAAUCGAUCUUUUCCUUCCUUAUCACUCUCUAUUAUAAUAAUGA